AUGUCAGUUAAUCCCGCAAACCCACCAAGACCUGCUCUUCGAGCAGCGGACAAGGAGACUUUUGCAUAUAUCACUGCAACGCAUAGAUGGCAAGAUAUCAUAAAAAAAGCCAUCGAUAAUAUUAAUGAUUCUCUUAAUUCUUCUGAAAUUGAUAAGAACGAAGAAGGAAAAAAAAUCAUUGCAUCUAUGGAAGAAUUGAUAAAUCAAAUUCAAAGAAAAGAUCAAUUAAUUCAAAUUGAUGAUGAUGGAAGAUCUGAUAUUGUAACUUGGGCCAAUAUUCUAAAUACUUAUUUUAAAAAUGAAACUUGGUUCACUGCAACUUGGUUAUUCGCUGAAUGUUAUUUAUAUCGUCGAAUUAUUUCUAUAAUUACAAAUACUAAAUAUUGGAGAAAUUUUGAUCCUUUUUUUCGUCAAAAAGAAGAUUCUUUUAAAUUAUCUUUUUCUAAAAUAAUUGAAUUUUCAAAACGUAUAGAUGAAUUAAUUUCUUCCUCAAAAUUGAUUAUAAAUAAUAAGAUUAUCUUUUUUGAACUUGCUCAAAUAUCACUUUGGGGAAAUGCGACUGAUUUAUCUAUGUUACCAAAUUUUGGUACUAAUAAUAAUCAAGAUAUUGAAAUAAAAUCAUUAGAAAAUUCGGAAAAAUUUAUUUUGGUGAACGAUUUGGAAAAGGCAUGGAAAUGGUUAUCAAAAUUUAAUAAUGUUAGAAUUGAUUUUGUUCUUGAUAACGCUGGGUUUGAAUUAUAUGGUGAUUUAAUUUUCUCUGAUUGGUUAAUUCAAUCUGGAUAUGCUUCAGAAAUUCAUUUACACUUAAAACCAAUUCCAUGGUUCGUCUCAGAUACAACAUUAAACGAUUUUAAUUGGUUACUUAAAAUACUUAAAAGUAAUAAUUUCUUUUCAAAAAUUUCCGAAAUUGAAAAACUCUCCCUUGAGAAAUUGGUUGAUCGUUGGCAAUCAUAUAUAACAAAUUCAAAAUGGAUUAUUACCUCGGAUUUUUUUUGGACGUCUCCUUAUUCAUUUUGGCAUUUAGAAGAAAAAUCUCCAGAAUUAUAUUCAAAUUUAUGUAAAUCCCAUCUUAUUAUAUUUAAAGGUGAUUUAAAUUAUAGAAAAUUAGUAUAUGAUUGUAAGUGGAAGACUAUCACUCCUUUUAAAGAAGCUAUUGGUCCAUUAGCAAAUUCGAAAAAUGCACCACCGUUGUUAGCUUUAAGAACAGGUAAAUCGGAUAUAUUUGUAGGACUUGAUGAAGGAAUUGAAGAAAGAUUAGGUACUGAUAAAAGUUGGAUGUAUUCUGGAAAAUAUGCGGUAAUUCAAUUUAGUGAAGGAAGUAAAUGA